AUGUUUACUGUCAAAAGAUCAAUUGCCCCAUUGACAUCAUCAGUCCUCAAGAGAAACAUGAUUACCGCCCAAGCUGUGCUCUACUCCGAACAUGGAGAGCCAUCAAAUGUAUUGUUCACGCAAAAGUUCACCAUUGAUGAUGACAAUUUGAAAUCAGACCAAGUUGUCGUCAAAACAUUGGCCUCUCCCAUCAAUCCAUCCGAUAUCAACCAAAUUCAAGGUGUUUACCCAUCAAAACCUGAAAAGACAUUGGACUUUGGCACUGAAAAACCAUCUGCACCAUGUGGUAACGAAGGUGUGUUUCAAGUGUUGAAAGUGGGAGACGGAGUAUCUGAUCUUGCAGUUGGUGACUGGGUCAUUCCUAGUCAAGUCAAUUUUGGUACCUGGAGAACGCAUGCAUUGGGUACAACAUCCGACUUUAUCAAGUUGCCAAACCCAGAGCAAUCAAAAUCAAAUGGAAAGAAACAUGGGUUGAGUGUGAACCAAGCGGCAACCAUUUCGGUCAAUCCAUUAACGGCAUACCUCAUGUUGACCCAUUACGUCAAAUUGACCCCGGGCAAGGAUUGGUUUAUUCAAAAUGGAGGAAACUCUGCUGUGGGUAAAUAUGCUUCACAGGUUGGUAAAUUGUUGAAUAUCAAUUCGAUAUCGGUGAUUAGAGAUAGACCUAACUUGGAUGAAGUCAAGAAAGAGUUGCAAGAAUUGGGUGCUACGCAAGUUAUUACUGAAGAAGACAAUGCAUCAAAGGAGUUUGGGGGUCACGUCAAGUCUUGGGUCAAGGAAACUGGCGGUGAGGUGAAGUUGGCAUUAAACUGUGUCGGUGGAAAGUCAUCGUCUGGAAUUGCUAGAAAAUUAAACAACAAUGGGUUGAUGUUGACGUAUGGAGGAAUGUCGAUGCAACCAGUCACCAUUCCAACUUCGUUGUAUAUUUUCAAAAACUUCACCAGUGCUGGAUUUUGGGUCACUGAGUUGUUGAAAAAGAAUCAGGAAUUGAAGGUAAAGACAUUGGGUCAGGUUAUUGAUUGGUACGAAAACGGAGAGUUAAAGGAUGCUCCUAGUACGCAUGUUGAAUUUGACGGCAGUGACUUGGCUAAGCUAUACCAAAAAGGAAUUGUUGACUCGAAAGGAGGAAAGCAGUUGAUCACUUAUUAG